UUCUCCAGCACAGUCGCGACAUCUCCAGCAAGAAACAAAGAUGACAACUGAGAUAACAGAUGUUGAGGAUGCAGGAACAUGGAGAGGUAAUAUAGAGAAAAUCUUUAUUGACAUCAUGGUAAAUGAAGUUAAUAAAGGUAACAUGGAUAGUGGUACAUUUAGUACCAACACAUGGAGAAGGAUCUUACUUGAGGUCAAUAGUCAAGGGAAAAGAAAUUUCAACUUGAAGCAGCUUAAACAAAAGUUUAAUAGACUACGUGCAAUGCACCGUGAGUUCUCUGAUCUUUUAAAGCAUAUUGGAUUUGGUUGGGAUGCUGAAACUAACACAGUGCAUGCUCUAGAGGAAACCUGGCAAAAUUACAUUCGGGCACACCCAAAUGCAAAAAGAUUCCGCUCAAAGGGAUGCCCAAACUACAACUUGUUGGGAUUGAUCUUUAAUCCAUCAACAACAACCGGUGCCCUCCACUACUCUUCCACCCAAGAUCCACCAAACACUGAUGAUGAAGAUGAGAUGGAUGACAAUUUGGAACAUGGUGGAGUGCAUGUGGAUGUAGAUACUGAGAUCCCUGAUGAUCCUCCACAACCAGAAAUGGCAGGAGGAGUGACCACCCGUUCUGGAAAGCGUGUAACUGAUUCUCUAUUAGAGCGUAAAGGUAAGAAAGAAUCCAGAUUAAGUCAAAUGGGAGAUGCUUUGAAAGCUUGGGUUGAGGCAUCAAAGGCUAGAACAGAAACAUCUCGAGCUAGAACUGAGGCAUCAUUGGCUAGAGUGGACAGAUAUAAGAGUGGAACUAGUAGUGAAGCUACUAGUGGAGGUACCACUGAUUUUAGCAUAACAAGGUGCAUGGCAGCCUUACAAACCAUUAAACUGUUAGAUAAUGACAAAUAUUUAAAAGCUGUUGAGAAAUUCACAGUGCCGAAGUGGAGAGAGAUAUUUAUGAAUAUGCCUGAUGAGAGGAAAAUGGCAUGGCUUGAUAGACUUUAA